AUACUCACCUUCACUCUAGUCGCGGUCUCAGGGGCUCGAGCUUCUCAGAUUUGGAAAAUGGCGUAUGAGCGCCUCACCACCAUUCUCAUCGGCGGCGCCACCUGCAUGGUUAUAUCACUAUGCAUCUACCCAGUUUGGGCAGGCCAAGAUUUGCAUAAUCUCAUUGCUACUAAUAUAGGAAAGCUUGCUACAUUCUUAGAAGGUUUUGGUGGUCAAUUUUGUAAUUCUUCGUCCGAUGGUGAGGAUAAGUCAUAUCUCCAAAGCCAUAAAACAGUACUCAACUCAAAAGCAAAUGAGGAAAUAUUGGCGAAUUUUGCAUGGUGGGAACUUGGACACGGUCGUUUUAAGUUUAAUCAUCCAUGGAAACUCUACUUGAACAUCGGUAGCCUUGUCAGGGAAUGUGCUUGCCAAAUUGAAACACUUAGUGGUUGCAUAAAUUCAAAAUCUCAGGUUGUAUGCGAGUUCCAACAAAAGAUCCAACCAUCAUGUGUGGAAAUGAGCAUAGAAUCAAGUAAGGCACUGAGGGAAUUAGCUGAAGCAAUUAAAGAAAUGAGAUUCCCAUCAGCAGCCGUUGAAAUCCAUCUACAGAACUCCAAAGCUGCAGCUGAGGAUCUUAAAAAAAUAAUGGAGAAUUCCUCACUGCCAACUAUAGCAGGUCUUCAAGAAAUUGUGCCAAUUCUUGUGAUAGCAUCAGUGCUGAUCGACAUCAUUAAAUUCGUAGAGAAAAUAUCAACUUCUGUUGAUGAACUAUCGCAGAAAGCAGGCUUUAAACAGAGGAACAAACAAGCACAAGUGAAGCCAGUUCAUGAUCAAGUUGUGAUAGAUGUUGUUGAGAUUAAGACAAACGACUCACCGUCGCAGAUCUAGAAUAUUCCUCUUCAAUCAAUGCAUAAUUGAUUAGUCCUCUAAUUGUCUAUUUUCUUGCAAUUAUGUGAGGGAUUUUAAUGUUAUUUUUCCACUUGUAUAUAAAAUUGCUAGGAAAAUUGGCCUAACUAAAUUGGUGGUUGGAGCAUCAACAACACGGCCAUCUAUGUUGGAGUGGGAAAGAUCGAAGAGCUUGCACACGUUCAUGUGCGAUGUGCACAUGCACUUUUGUUCUAAUUUAUUAUAGAAUAAAAACAUGAUUAAAAUUUUUA